UUCAUUAGAAACCAAAAAAUCCUUUUAUGUUGAUUUCAUUAUCAACCAGUGGGUUGUGACCCCUAGUUUGGAAAAAACUGCUAGACAGACCCUCUUUUGCCCAUGCCUCAUGGACCACAGGACACACCAGGUGUGUGACACACCUAGGCAUAGCUGAUUGGCGCAGGUGUGGGACACCUGACUGAAGCUGACCAAUCACAUUCCUCCCCUGGGAGUUUGGAAUUGGGCCACUCAGCCAGUUAGCAGUGGGAAGCUGAUGGAGAGGCAGCGUAGAAACAGGGUCGGAGUGAGAGUCACAUGCAAGCCAAAAGGAUGGAGGAGCGGCAAAGCCCUGAGUAAGCAGAGAGCUGGUCCGCAGAGACAAUGGAGCAGCCGCGCAGAGAGCAGCGCAGCCGGAAGGAUGUGCAGCCCCAGACGGAGAGGUGGAGAGAGAGCGUGACCGCCUGAGAAUCGGAUGGCGUCCCUGGUGCUGGCUCCAGCGCCCAGGCGUCCUGCCUGCUCAUCCUUCCCAGUGUUCAAGAAGGCCAGCCCGAAUGGAAAGCUCACUGUCUAUCUGGGAAAACGGGACUUUGUGGAUCACAUCGACCUGGUGGACCCUGUGGAUGGUGUGGUGCUGGUGGAUCCUGAGUAUCUCAAAGAGAGGAGAGUCUACGUGACACUGACCUGCGCCUUCCGCUAUGGCCGGGAGGACCUGGAUGUCCUGGGCCUGACCUUUCGCAAGGAUCUCUUCGUGGCCAACGUGCAGUCCUUCCCGCCGGCACCCCAGGACAAGAAGCCCCUGACGCGGCUCCAGGAGCGCCUCAUCAAGAAGCUGGGCGAGCACGCCUACCCCUUCACCUUUGAGAUCCCUCCAAACCUCCCAUGCUCUGUGACUUUGCAGCCAGGGCCCGAAGACACGGGGAAGGCCUGCGGUGUGGACUACGAGGUCAAAGCGUUCUGCGCAGAGAACCUGGAGGAGAAGAUCCACAAGCGGAAUUCUGUGCGUCUGGUCAUCCGGAAGGUGCAGUAUGCCCCAGAGAGGCCCGGCCCCCAGCCCACAGCUGAGACCACCAGGCAGUUCCUCAUGUCGGACAAGCCCUUGCACCUAGAGGCCUCCCUGGAUAAGGAGAUCUAUUACCACGGAGAACCCAUCAGCGUCAACGUCCAUGUCACCAACAACACCAACAAGACAGUGAAGAAGAUCAAGAUCUCAGUGCGCCAGCAUGCGGACAUCUGCCUUUUCAACACAGCUCAGUACAAGUGCCCUGUGGCCAUGGAAGAGGCUGACGACACGGUGGCACCCAGCUCCACGUUCUGCAAGGUCUACACGCUGACCCCCUUCCUGGCCAACAACCGGGAGAAGCGGGGCCUUGCCCUGGACGGGAAACUCAAGCACGAAGACACGAACCUGGCCUCCAGCACCCUGCUGAGGGAAGGAGCCAACCGCGAGAUCCUGGGCAUCAUCGUGUCCUACAAGGUGAAGGUGAAGCUGGUGGUGUCUCGGGGCGGCCUGCUGGGAGAUCUUGCAUCCAGCGACGUGGCUGUGGAACUGCCCUUCACCUUAAUGCACCCCAAGCCCAAAGAGGAGCCCCCACAUCGGGAAGUUCCAGAGAACGAGGCGCCAGUAGAUACCAAUCUCAUAGAACUUGACACAAAUGAUGACGACAUUGUAUUUGAGGACUUUGCCCGCCAGAGACUGAAAGGCAUGAAGGACGACAAGGAGGAAGAGGAGGACGGUACCGGCUCCCCACAGCUCAACGACAGAUAGACAGGGGCCAGCCCUCCCUCCGGGCAGCUCCGGGCCCCUCUCAUGCACUAGGAUGCUUAUUCGUCUUCUUCCCGCCUGGUUUCUCCUCCCUUUGUUCUUCCAGUUUCUACCAGGGGCCCCAGUGGUCUUCCAGGUCACGGUGAUGGACCUCUGGCCUCAUGGUUGGCCCCACAUCACCAUGCCAACAGGACCACAAAGUGCCACCUUCACCCCCAUCUCUGCAGUUACCUCUCCAUGCCCUUCCUUUUCAUACUGACUCCCAGAAAGGCCACAGGGCACUGGCCUUGGAAUUUGACCUGAGAUGGGGAGCAGGCAGGGAGGACAGGGCAUGGGGCUUGGAGGGUGGGGAUGAGGGCUCAAGAUACAUGAGAAGAUGUCCUAGUCCCACGUGGUUAACACAGUCUGGCAGCUAAAAGAUGACUGCAUUGAAGGCCACCUCCUUCUGGCUUGGAAGGGCAGACUCGUGGAUAGAUUCUCAAUGCCUUUUUGCAGUUCGGACCCACCAAAGACCUCUCUCCUUCCACCCUCAUUCCUGCCCCAUGUCCCUCUGUGUCUGAAAGUGACACUGCUGAAGGUUCCUAGACCCCAAGAAUAGAGAAAAGCAACUGGACUGACUUUCUUACCAGCAGUUACCUAGACUAAGACAAGCUGUGUGAACUAGCCCGAGUGUAUUUCAGUGUUGUCAGGAAGUGACACCUUAGCUCCCUUGUAUUUUAUGUGUGUGGACCUCGCUCUACAAGCACAGAGAAAGAAAGAGAGGGAGGGGUCUGCAGCAAGUACCAGCCCUGGGCAGAGUGAGCAGGGGGCUCUCAGAGGUGGGAGCAGGGAGCAGGAAGGGGAGAGUCUGCCCUACGUCCCUUCCUUUGUGGACUUAACAUGAUCCUGCAGGAAACAAGGCUGGAGGUCCAGAGGGGCCGGGUCUUGGUCAAGUUUCUUCCCCACUCUGGGCCUCAGGUCCUCACCUGGCAAACCAAGGGGUUUGACCACAUGACCACAAAGGGCCCUCCCAGCCCUGGCCUCAGAAUUUGUGAACAUGAGAGCUUUUGGUCUGGUGGUGGAGCCAGAGCUGCUGCCUGCAGAGGGGACUCCCUGGACCUCAGAGGGGGCAGGGCCCACAGAGCACCUAGCCCGGUGUUAGGCUGGUGCCUUGACGUCAGGCUGUGGCCGGAGCUGGCAUGCGCUGCUCUGCCCUAGGGCCUGAGUGUUAGAAAGAGGGACAGAACUUGUGUUUGCUGAGGCUUGGGUGGGGGUUUGGGAUGGGGCCUCAAUGCCUCACAGCCCCCGGGGAGUGUGAACACCCUGAGGUUUACCCAAGCAAAUAUAUUGACUAGCAGGGAAAGGGGAUCUCUCCUUAAUUUCUGUUCCCUUCCAUCUCUGUUCCAUACUUGCCUGAAAAGGGAGACAACAAAAUUUUAUUGUGCAAGUUGGAUCUCAACCCUUUUCAGUACAGCACCACUGGGGGUGUGCUGUGCAACCGUUUCCCACUUCACAAGCCUGGCACUGUACCUUCUGACUCUCAUGAGCAUUCAACUCAGCAGACCCCCUCCACAGGCCAGAGCCAAGUCAGCUGGGGGCAGACACACUCCCCUGACCAGUCCUGGGGUCCUAGCUGCAGGCACCCCUGGGCAUCCGCGUCCUACCAGAGCUUGCUGGGCAGUUUGCACCUCAUCUGGGCAGCUGUAGAGUUGGUGAAAUGCUAGAACAGCGCAUGGCAAGCACGUGCCCUCCAGUGUUUUCUUCCAAAACCUUUGGGGCUGACGCAAGACCCUUUAGCAUUUGGGGUGAGCACUCCUCUACAGACCUCUUCCCCCAUCCCUAGCACACGCACACAGAAGAUCUGUCAGGCUGGUUUCUUAAGCUUCCUCCACCUCAAUAUCACACCCUUUUGAGUUUAGCUAGUGUUAUUAAUCAAUUUCUCCAACUGUGGGAAAGUGUCAGAGCCCUAUCCAGGUAUUUUUUUUUUUUUUUGUCAAGUUUAGUUGAAGUCAGCCUAACCAUCCUUUGCUGACCACUUCUCUGCUCUGUGCUAAACACUGGAGACACAGGGAUGGGUCGGCCCCAGCCCCUGUCCUCAGGGGAAAGUUAUGGGGGAAGUCCUAGGGGCCACUGCCGUCAGGGCCCCAUGCCUGCUGCCGGUCCAUACAGUGCCUUGAUGUGAAUAGGAAAUGGCCCUUUUCAGGUGGGCUCAGACCCACACUGGAGUGGGCAGCUUUGCAAGGGGCACACAGGUUGGAUCUGGGCACAACUUGUCCCUUGGCCAGACGCCCUCCCACACAGCCAUGUGCUGCAGCCCUGAGGGACACACAGGCCCCGGUGUUUCCUUCUGCCUCUUCCUGGAGUGGAAGGCCUAGAUCAUCUUUCCAGGCUUCUAGUAGGCUCCAGACACCAUCCCCCCACCGCCACCCUAGCCCUACAAAGCAUGAUGAGUGCUUCCCUGCGGGGCUCCUCUCUAAUCUGGAGUCAGCUUGUCCAGGUGAGACUUUGGAGUGAAACUUGGGGUGGGGGAGCCUCCCUAGGUCCCAGGCAGCAGCCCACAGUGUUGGCUGUUUCUGUGCCAAGCAUUUGGGGCCUGUGCUGGCCAAGCAGCCCUGCACUGGGACUUUCAGUGUGGCCCGUGGGUGGCAUGGGCAGAGGGAAGAGCAUGCCCUGGGUGAAGACCUGCCACGCAGAGGGCCAGCUGGGCUUCUCAGCACUCCAGCGAGAGAGGAGUUCAGCUCCCAUGAACAUGAGGACUGAGUUGUUUGGCUAGACCCCACGGGCCACCUCAGCCUCACAGCCCAGCCAGGCUAGCGUGGGCUCACCCGGGUGUUGGUUCAGCUGGGAGAGAUCCUGACAAGCUGGUUCCCACAUGGUAGAGUGAAAGGAACACUGUUCUGAAAGUUCCCAUCUCUCAGUCCUAGCUGUCACCAACCAGCUGCUGGGUGACCUUGAGCAAGUUACUCAACCUCUUGGGCUCAGUUUCUCUAACUGUAAAAUUGGACAGUAAUCCCUCCCCUUCCUGACUCAAGGAAUUGCUGUGAGGCCCUGAUGAGAUGAAAGUCCAUGGCCUGUGUUCUGUGCGUUGCAAAUGGCUGCACAGGUGUGGCCCUCCAAGUGCAGGGGCAUGGCCCAAGGUCACGCUGAGCCCUCCUCCCACCAGUCUUCAUGUCACUUAGGUAGAUGUCAGCCAGAAUGAGAUGCAGCCAAUUUGGCUUUGGUGACCCAGCUGAGAGGGAGAUUUAGACACUAUUUAGGAACACCAUGCCCAAGAAUCAUGGUCCCAGGUACCAGGACACAGAGAGCAGGCAUGGAUAGUGUCAGUGACUGGGGGAGGAGAGUACCUUGUACCUGCCCAGACCUAGUGUCAUCCACAUCUCCCUUUGCUCAGACCCCACAGAGCCCUGCAGCCUUGGUUCUGACCCCAAGUUGAAGAGAACCACCAGCCCCCAGGCCUAGGAGCUGAACCAUUCCAUCACAGAAAUCCACGGAUGAGGGGAGAGGGAAACUGCCUGCUCCUUCCCCUCAAAGCAUAAGGCCACUUCCAGGACCAGCUGGAGCCACCAUAGCUACCUGCUGUUGGGAUGGCUUUGGGCCCAGGGAAAACCCAGGCCUCUUGGCCUGAGAGCUGAGCUCCAGCUCCUCCUUUUCCCAGUGGUUUCAGCAGCCCAGAGAGGCAGCUUCUCUCCUGCCAGUGGCCAGAGACCGGGCACUCUCCACCUAUCCAGGAGGGAGGGACUAGGCCCUAGUCUUAAACUUUUAUAGGGUCUCAUGGACAUAGGCCUAUGCGUGUUCUGAUAUUUUUCUUUUUAAACUCAAUAAGGACCAAAACAGACUCCUCCAACCCUCAUCCAUAUGGCCUCACUGUGGGGCAGGAGCCCACCUCUGCCACUUCCCCACAAGGGCAAAGAGUGGCUUCAAAGAGUGGCCCUGAUGAAGGGGGAAUAUGCUCCCCCAUCACUCUCUCCCAACUUGUCACUCCAAAAGGGAAGUCAAAGCACAGGUCCCUGGGACCCACGAUCUGUAGACACUCUGACACAGCGGUUUUCAAACCAGAGGCUGUAGAACCCCUGGUAUUCCACAGAGCUCAGUCAGGGGCUGCUAAGGUGGGAAGAUGGGGGUGGAGGCACAGCAUAGGUCUCCAGCCCUCCCCCCGUCCCACUUCCACCAGAACAACUCUGCUUUUAUCUGUCUUGCCUAUUAAGGUUUCACUUUCAAACUUUCUUUAGAAGAAAAACUUCAAACCACCAUUCUGAGGUUUGAUCUUAGACCAGCAAGCACAGGUUCUAUUCCUGCUUUUCACGCUGGAAUGGCUCCAGCAUUCUAAUGCAAAGGGUUUUUGUAUUGGAACUUGGGUCACAGACCCAGGCCCAAGAUUCUGCUUACAUGUACACAUACACGCACAUACACACGUACACAUUUGAUGGUUUUUCUAGCCAACCCACCCUGAAGCUCUGGCCUGGGUUUGAUCUGGGCAGGGGCCUGGUGCUCAGUGAGGAUGGGUCUAGAUCCUAAUAUUGGCCCACGCAGCACAGGGAACCAUGGAGCCAGGAAACAGGCCCACCCCCCACCCAGGGUGUGUGUCUGCUCCCCUACACGGUGCCCCACUUCCCUGGCCCGUGCCCAAGGGACAGAGUGAUGGGGGAAGAAGAUGAGUCUUUACACACAGCGGAUGGAUGGGGACCCAGGUUCACAUAAAAGACAGAUUCAGGGAGGAUAUGUGGCAAAAGCCCCUUUGUUGAGGGCAGGAUUCCCCUAGAGACCUCCUAAGCAACAAGUAAUAUAAUGGGACUUUAAUAUAGUGGGAUUUUAUCCUCACAUUUGUGGACAGCCAAGCAUGUGGACAACAGGAGGCUCUUGUGGCCCCCACCGCCUGAACUCUGUCCUCUGCCCGGGGCCUUUGCUGGGGAUCACUAGCAGGUGAGCACUUUGGGUGAGACCCAGACUGGCUCUUGGCACAAAAGUGCCCCCACCUAGGACAUUCUAGGUGAAAAUAUGAAGCUCAGGGCAUAGCCAGCCACAUGACACAGGGGAUCGAAUGCUACUGGUAUUGUACUUCCAGUCCAAGUGUGCCCUUGGGAGCCCACUGGCCUCAGUUUCCCCACGUGUAGAGUAGGGCUGUGCCAGGCUCUUCCCACCUCACAGGCACUAUUGCAAGGGGAGAGGUGGGCAUGUGAGGUAGUGGCAUACGAGAGGCGGAUGAGGUCCUGGCCUGCACUGCAAACCAGCAGAGGACUCGGGAACAAGUGUAGGAUGUGCCAUCUUCACCUUCCUGGGCAUUCCUGCCCAGUGUGAGGGUCUAGCCACACGCUGUGGGGCCGGCCUCUUCCUGGGCACGAGAAGUGAGGGGUGACUGGGAUGGGUCUCCAGGUCUGUGGCCCUUUUGUUAAGUGAUUAUUUUGUGACAUUCUCAUUCCUGGACCACCUGCCAGGUUUAUCUGUUGUACCUGUGGCAUUCCUUAUUAUGUCAGAUAAGUUAUUAUAGUUUACUCAACUCUAACAGGACAAAUGAACAAAAAAACAUAAAUAGGAGAUUAUUAAAGGUUGUUUGUGCCAGAAGG